AUGCCAAUAGUAAACAUUCCAAAAAGCAAGUCUGACCAGCAUUACAGAUACAAAAGAGAAACUCUAGAAUUGAAGAUUGAAGGUAAAGGAAACGGUAUCAAAACCGUCAUUACCAACAUGAAGUCUGUUUCUGAAAGUCUUAACGUUCCAAUAGAAUACCCAAUUAAAUACUUCGGUCUUGAAUUGGCCGCUCUUAGUAAAGUCGACUAUAAGAACGACAAGGCCGUCAUCAAUGGUAAAUAUGAUCUUAAUCAAGUUGAAGAUGCUCUUGAAAAGUUUAUUCAAAACUUCUUGUUGUGCUCCAAGUGCCAUCUCCCUGAAUUGGAUUUUGCUAUUAAGAGCAACAAGGAUCCUGUAGCUACAACUUGCAGAGCUUGUGGUAAUGCUGGACAAAUUGACUCUACUGAAAAGCUCUAUACUACUAUUAUUAAACAUCCACCUAAAUCAAAGGGUUUCAAGGAUCCAAAGGCUCCUGCUGAACCUGUUAAAACAUCCAAAUCAAGUAAAUCUCAAGCCGGAGCUGUUACUGAAAAGGCUGCUAUUGAUGAUGGUACUUGGUCAUUGGAUAUUUCUCAAGAAGCUAUCAAGAAGAGACGUGAAAUGGAAGGUCUCUCUGAAAGAUUUAGAGAAUUGACUAAAGGAAUGGAAGAUGAGGAUGAAGAAGAGGAAGAACAAGAAGUUUCACCUGUAUCUAUUUUAAAGCAAUUCAUGGAAGCUGAUUACACAUUGUCUGAUAAGGAUUGUGUUUGUUUGCUUUAUGAAACUUUCUUCACACCAGAAAAUAUUUUGACUGAUAUUACAAAGAGAGCUCCAUUGUUCAAGGCUUUCAUUUCUUCAAGUGGUCAAAAGCUCAUUUUGGGUUACACUGAAGAACUUGUUGGUAUGAAGAAUCCAGCCCUUAUUCCACAAACUUCUGUUAUUUUACUCGAAUUCUACAAGAAUAGUUUGCUGUCAAAGGAAACCAUGGAAGAAUGGUUGUCAAAGAAGAAGUCACGAUUCGUUAAGGAUUCUGCAAUUGUUGCCAAGAUUAAGGAAGCAGCUAAACCAUUCGGUGAUUGGAUGGCUUCAAACUAA